CCGCCUACCCGACGGUACGGAGCUGACACUUGGAUAUGAGUUGCUGCAGGCCCCAGAGGUGCUAUUCAACCCCGCCCUGCUUGGAAAAGAGCAUCCAGGUUUGGCGGGUAUCGUCUCCAAUGCAGUGCGGGUAGCUGACAUUGAGCUUCGCACGGAACUGUGCGAACAUAUUUAUUUGACGGGUGGCUCGACGUUACUUAGUGGAUUUGGGCAGCGCUUCCUUUCGGAGUUGCUGCAGCUCACACCGCGUAACUGCCGGGUGCGUAUCUCGGCACCGGCGGAAAGGUCACAUACAGCAUGGUUAGGUGCAUCGCUUCUCACUCGACUCUCGACAUUCCCGCAGCAGAUGCUUGUGAGCCGGGCAGAUUUCUUGGAGGAGGGUGAGCGCGCACUGCACAACCGCCGUGUGGGCUAG